UGCCGGUCUCCUCGGCGAGCAGGCCUCCUCCCGCGCCCGCGCCGAAGACCGGGCUUCGCGGGCCGCCCGAGGCCGUUUCCUGGCCCGCCUGUGACUGGCGAGAAAGGCAGCGCGGAGAGGCGGGAGGGGAGGAGCGGCGGCGGCUCCGUUCCGCGUCUUCCUGAGGCGAAGCGAGGGGAGAGCGCCGCCGCCGCCGCCACAGCCGCGAGUGGGGAUGCGGGGCGAGGGCCCAGGCCCCCCGCUCGGCCUGAACAGCUAAGCGGGACGGGGCGAGGAGGACGGGGCGCGGGAAGAUGGCGCCGCCGCCGCCGACCCCUUCCUCUUCCUCGAGGGGCUCGGGGGUGCGGAGCGCCAGUCGCCGCGGGAGGGUGAGGCGCCGCUGCCAGUGGCUGCUGUAUUGGGUGCCGGUGGUGUUCAUCUGCUGCAUCCUCUGCUGGUCUUACUACGCCUAUGUCGUCCAGCUCUGCCUGCUAACCAUGAAAAAUAUUGGAGAAAAGGUGGUGUGCCUGAUUGCCUAUCAUCUAUUUUUCGCAAUGUUUUUGUGGUCCUACUGGAAAACAAUCUUCACGUUACCAGUGCAUCCUUCCAAAGAAUUCCUCCUGACCUAUGCAGACAAAGAAUUGUUGGAGAGAGAACCUAGAGGUGAAGUCCAUCAAGAAGUGUUGAAGAGAGCAGCCAAGGAGCUCCCCAUCUAUACAAGAACAAUGUCUGGAGCGAUCAGAUACUGUGACAGAUGCCAACUUAUAAAACCAGACCGUUGCCAUCACUGCUCUGCCUGUGACAAAUGUAUUUUGAAAAUGGAUCAUCAUUGCCCUUGGGUGAACAACUGUGUUGGAUUUUCCAAUUACAAGUUUUUUCUCCUUUUCUUGGCAUAUUCUCUGUUAUACUGCCUUUUCAUUGCUGCAACUGAUCUACAGUAUUUUAUUAAAUUCUGGACAAAUGGCCUUUCGGAUACUCAAGCCAAGUUCCAUAUCAUGUUUUUAUUCUUCGCUGCAGCCAUGUUCUCUAUCAGCUUAUCCUCUCUCUUUGGAUAUCACUGUUGGCUAGUCAGUAAAAAUAAAUCAACACUUGAGGCAUUCAGAGCACCUAUUUUCCGGCAUGGAACAGAUAAGAAUGGAUUUAGCUUGGGCUUCAGCAAAAAUCUAAGACAAGUCUUUGGAGAUGAGAAAAUAUAUUGGUUGUUGCCAGUUUUUACUAGCCAAGGGGAUGGGUGCUCCUUCCCUACUUGCCUUGUUACCCAGGAUCUUGAACAAGCUUCUACUCCUUCUGGGCUCAUUUCUUCAAACAAAAAUGAGAAUCAUCAUUUUCCUGCAAAGCCAUUAAGAGAUUCCCAAAGCCACCUUCUUACAGACACUCAUUCUUGGACAGAAACUAAUGCAAGUAUUGAAAAGAACAAACUAGGUAUGAGCAAUCCUGCACUAACCAUGGAAAAUGAAACCUAGCCCAUGCAAAUUAAGAGUAUCCUGGCUGUUCCAGUUUGGAAUUGUUGCUGAGAGGAAGAGGGAAUCUUCCACAACAUCAGCAUCCAUCAACUAAGCUGUUCAGCCCACCGCUGCAUGGAUGGGCUCAGAAGAUACUUCAAGACCUAAUUUAGCUGUCUCCGUGUCAUUGCUUGAAAUACAAGACCUGUUGUCAUCUUUUGGCGUGUAUAAAAGAAUGUUUUGGUUAACACAAAGAAUUGUUAAAAUACACAAGGAAAGUCCUCAACAUUACUAGAUGGGAAAACAGACUUUCAUUAAGACCACUUAAUCCUUAGCGAUACAAGGGGUGUUUUUUGCAUUACCAUUGAUACUUCAGGUAUGUAUAACCUGUCUGUACUCAUGUAGCAAUUCCUCAUUCUUUAAAUCUUGCCUCGGUUCCAGUUGCAUGCUUAUCCGUAUAGCUGGGAAUACAUAAUUAAUUUGGAUCCGUUGAUCAGGUGGCUUGCUGUUUAGCUAAUGAUCAGACUGUAUUUCAAUUCCUGCCUUUCCGCAGAGUUAGCAAUACAGUUUUAUAUUAACCUCAGAUAGGUUGGAUAAACAGGGAAGACUUAUCAUAAUUUCCCCCCUUUCCCAUUUACACAGAUUGUCUACUUAAUGAAUCCUUAAUUCAUACUGGAGAAGCAAAAUCAUAUACACUGAAUUAUGUGUGUCUAAGGGCACACUGUUAAAAAUAUCAGAGCAUAAUUUUUUUGAAACUGUAAAUGUGCAACACCUAAUUAUUUGGUAUCCAACCAUAUUAGAAAUAUUUGAUACUCUUUAUUUCUUGAGAACCCUGGGUAUUAAAGCCUUUACCUAGGUUUGUGCCUUUUAAGAGGCUGAUUUAAUAACACCACUCUUGUCAAAAUUUGACUCACUGUCCUUAAAUUGUAGCAUUCUUCAGCAUUACCCUGAUGAUAUAUAUACAAGAUGUGUGUUGUCAUGUGGUAGUCAUACUAAUACAAAUUUUUAUGGUUCUUAUAACACUGAAGAAGCCAAGAGGGACUUGCAGAGAAACUGUUUAAAUUGAACUAGCAGUUGUGUAGGCCUUCAGGAUAGCUUUUGUAGAAUCAGAGUUCUGAAGCCAAGGAAAUUUGCAGUGUUACAAACAUACUUAUAUCAGUGCCUUUGCAUGCACCAUAUGUCAGAAGAAGUGAUAUAGAUUAACAUAUCACGGUUUACAUAAAAUGCCAGGUGUUGUUCAUUUUAUUUGAUUCCGUUCACAUGAUUAAAUUAUUAGCUAAGAGCCUAAGGUGAUGAAAUCAUACACCUCAUUCUCAGGCACAGUUGAAAUCAGGAAUCGUAGUUUUUAAAGUUGGUUUGGCAGUCAGGUUAGAUUUUUUUCUAUACAUAAAGUACAACAUAAGCUGGUCAUAUGACUUAUUCUGCAUUGACUGCGCAUCAAGUGCAAAAAUCUUCAAAAGCAUGAGUAAGUUUUAGAACAUCAUGUCUGACAGGAUUACAGUUUUUCUACUAUUUCAGAAAACCAUUCUUUUUUAUUUACACUUCCUUUUGCAGCACAAAGUUGAUAGACUUUGAUUCUUAUAUUAACAUGAUUCUUUUGGGUUGACUUUAAGAUCCAUUUGAAGGAGAUGGCAUGACAUCUCUAUAGCUGUAGGAUACUGGAUUUGGAAGGUCUAAUUUCCAGCAUUUUAAUUCAUACAAAAGGUUUGCAGACUCAAAUCACCAAAAGUGCCAGAAUAGGACUCCUUAAGAGUGGGAUAUUUGAGAACCUUGUGUGUGGUAGCACAUCGUUCUACACAGUAUAUGUAGGCAUUUUGCAGCUGCUAGUUUCCAUUGCAUACUCUUGUAUUUUCUUAAUGUUACUAUUAAUUUGCUCCUCUAUUUCAAGCUUGGAAGCAGUCAGAAAAUCAUAGGGAUAGAAUGGAGAAAAACCCGGUGCUCAGUCAUAAUGUACCUAUUGUGUUGUAUGUGCUGGUUGCAGGGCCGCCUUUCAUACUUAUCUGUGUUCCUUAUAAUAUGUAUAAAGUGAAGUGAAAAGGCUUAAGAAGCUGGGAUUCAGAUAUUCAUGUAACACAUUUAUUACAGAUAAAAUAUGCCUGAAAUAACAGUAUUUUUUAGUAAAAUUCAGAGGACAUUUUAAAUAUGGCUAUCAUCGCUGCUUCAUAGAAAAGAACGGUGCUUGCUUAUAUUCUGUCUGGUUAUACAUUUUUUCUCCUGAAUGGGAGGUCUAGGAAGAUAGGGUUCAUGAAGAAUAUAGAGAGUUCAUAUAGAGUUCAUAUAGAGAGUUCAUAGGGUUCAUAAAGAAUAUAUAAUGCUGCAUUAUAGCAAUGGGCUUUUUUUUUCUAGCUGUCCUCUUGUUAAGACCUAGAAGGCAGACAAUGAAGCUUGGGGACACAAAUGAUUCCUACAUCUCAAAGCUGAACAUAUGGCAGAAUUCUGUGGCCUUCCACUGGAAGCAGGGGACAGCACUAACCCUCUACAGAGACCUGGGGGGCGGGGGGGGGCUCUAUAGUAGGAACAGGAUUCCAGACAGCCUUUAUAACUUACCACAUAGGAAGGAAAAUCUCCUUUAUCAGUUAUGGGGGGUGGAUACUAUAGCUUGGAUCCAAGGUUUCUGUCAGUGUCUGGUGGGGAGGUGUGUGUUAUCCCUGUCCCCCCACCCUCACCGUGGAGAAAUACUGCAGGGAGCGUGGAAGGAGCAGGAAAGCUUGAUUGCACUAAUGGAAAUGCCUUCUAGUAGCAGAGACAAAAGGUUGUAUCCAAACUAUAACGAGUUCUCUUGCUCAGUCACUCCAUGCUGCUCCGCGUGAACGUUCCAGUCCCAUGCAGGUAGUCUGGAAGAGCCCCAUGUUUCACACACUUUGUUUUUACUCUCGCUCAUACAUACUUCACUAUGUCCAUGUAACUGCAGGAAUUAAAUAUGCAGGACCAGUUUAGGAACUGUCAGUCCCAUUUUUUCAUGUAAAGAUUUUUCUUAGUCUUAAAAUUGUAACAAGUUAAAGCCAGUAAGUUUAUGAACAUAUUUUGGACCCUUGCUUGUCCUACUUUCUAGUCGCUCUUUAUCAGCACUGAAGCGAAGCCAACCCUCUAGCAGGUUGUCCUGAGACUUUGGAACUUUUUGAAAAUGCCCACAAAUGUAUUAAAAGCAGAAUAGCUUUAUUUUUGGAUACAUCUACCACUUACAGAAAAGAAAACAUGACAGAUUAUUCUUUCCAAAAUAACCAAUUACCUCAGUACACUUGAAUGGUAUUUUAAUGCCAUUUGAACAUAAUUUGAAAUGAAAUAUGAACUGACAGUAAUACUGCUAAAUCUUUCCAGGUACUGGUAAAAUGUAGAGCAAUUGUGAUUCAUUUUAAUGGGGGUGAUGGUUGCACAGCAGAGAAGUGAGCUGAUAAGCUAGGAAGUAGCUAGGAAAUAUUGGGGAAGUGAUUGCAUCAGACCAGGAACACAGAUCAAUGACUUUACCCCAUGCAACAAAUAAAGGGUGUCACUUACUGGCGUGCCCGUACUGCACAUAGGCUCAGGUGUGGCCCAUACACAGCUUCCCACAACCAAAUGAACAGAUGAAUCAAAUACUGUCUAACAAAACUAGGUAAUAUACUAAAUCUGUAUUUGCAAGAAAGUCAGAGUCCCUUGGCGCAGCGGUAAGCUGCAGUACUGCAGCCCAAGCUCUGCUCAUGACCUGAGUUCGAUCCUGGCGGAAGCUGGGUUCAGGUAGCCGGCUCAAGGUUGACUCAGCCUUCCAUCCUUCCGAGGUCAGUAAAAUGAGUACCCAGUUUCCUGGGGGUAAAGCGUAGGUGACUGGGGAAGGCAAUGGCAAACCACCCCGUAACAAAAAGUCUGCCAAGAAAACGUGGUGCAAUGUUCCCCCGUGGGUCAGUAAUGACUCGGCGCGUGCACAGGGGACUACUUUUAGCUUUACCCACUCUCCUAGUAUAUAAAGCUGCUGGAUAGAUGUUCAUUUUCAUAGCUUCUGUGCAGGCACACAUUGAGGACUGCACACACGCAGGCCAGCCAUGGAAAAGAUUUCCAGAGGCUGCUAGAAGGCUAGGAGCACCCCCCCCCCCACCCAAACCAUCCCAUGACCAAGAGGGGCAUUAUUCCCCCAGUUCUCUUCUUGCCCCUGCAGAGAGAGGAUCUCCACCGCUGUUCUGUUUUCCCCCCUCACCAUGUUCUUGAGGCUGGGGAGAUUAUAUAUCUUUAAAAGAUUUUUAAAAAUAAUAAUUCUAGAGAAGAAUAAAACUACAUUGAAGGGGGAAAGUUGGUUUUCCUUUUGUCAUGGCUCCAACGUUCCCUAAAGGCGCAACCUGGCAGAGCCUCCUGAGAGCUGGCCUUCCUCGUUUGAGGAGAGGGCGGCAUCCCGGUCCCCGGAGGCAGCGUAUUAGGGCGCUCCUUUCCUGCCUCUGCAGAGAGGGGAGGGCUCCGCGGUUCUCAGUCCUUUCCCUGCCCCUGCGAGUGCAGAACUCUGCUGGGGCUCUGACUGCCUUUGGGGCUUUUUGCUCUGCAGAGCUCCGUAGGUCAUUUCCCCCCCUUCCUAGUGUAUUUUCCUUUCUAUGUCUAUGUUUUUUUGUAGCGGGGGGUGGGGAGGGAAUCUCACCUGCUCUACUCCACCUGUUGUAGUAGCUCUCUGGCAGAACUGCUGCUGCCGUGUCAUCUACAUUUCAAUCCACUGGAAUGGAGACGGCAAUUGUGCCAGAAAGAGACCUUGGAGCCAUUACCUAACAAUGUCCUCCACUACAACAUGGACUCGUGCAUCAGACAGUGCAGCCUUUGGGCUGUGAGACCUUCAGCAGGCGGUGUAAGCAGGUCAAAGUCAAAGCCUCUCACAAUGGCUUUUUCUCAAAGGCUGUGGCUUUGUGGCGGCUUGAUCAAAGGCACCUGUCCCCUCUCUGGCCCUCUCGGGGAAACCUACAGGUGUAGCUUGACAGAGUCCUUGGUUCCCAGGCUCUCUCCCAAAGACUUCACCUGCAUGCCUGCCUGAAUAAAGUCCCCUAAUCUGAGGCUGAAAAGCCAGCCUGAGUAAUGGCUCCUUUCCCUCCUUGGCUGUGUUAGCUCUGAGGGGAGACACCCGGAGGCGUAGCUUAACAGAGGCCUGGGACCUGAGGCGGAGAGGCUUUUCCCCAAGGCCUUUGGAAACAUGCCUGCUUGCCUCAAGGGAUCCCUCCUCCUCCUCCCAGGCCGUCCCUGGUUCCCAGGUGAGGUCCCAGGAGGCAGGAGUGAAUGCAGCUGACGCGGUGACAUAGCAGCCAGGAACCCUCAAUGAAGCGAUUGGGGCUCCCCAGCUGCCUCUGCUUCUAAGUAGGGUUGCCAAGUCCCCGAGGGGCGAGAGCGGAGGAGGGGGGAGUUGCAGGGGGAACAGGAAAAAGGAGAGGAAACGCUCACUAGCCCACAAGCCCACAAGCCUGCACUCAGGCAAGAACCUAGUGGGCAAACGAAGAGAAACCGCCAGGUCAAACAAACCAGGUACGAGCUACACCCUUGGUAUUACCACCUGCUUACUCCCCACAGAAAACUCUGUUGGCUCCUCCUGUUUGCUUGCUUUAGAUCUCCAGUUAGGCACCACAUCAUAUGACAUUCAGCUCGUUUCAGACACCUCCCAAAUGGGGUGGAGAGCCCACUGUCAAGGAUUACACGCUAGUGGCUCAUGGACAAGAGCUGAGAGAAAAUGACACACAAAUCUGUUAGAAGGGCAGUCAGAUUUGCCUUGAUUUCUUUUGCAGCUCUCCUGCAAGGGGGACAAGAGCGUUGGUGGCUACAGACACCACCACGGCAAAAUUUUACAUCAGUGAACAAGGGGGCACACAAUCCUUACCUCUCAUCAAGGCAGCUCAGAUAUGGCACUGGGCAAUAGAUCACAAUAUCUUGGUUGCCAUCCAUGUUGCAGGCUGAUCUAACGCAGCUGCAGGUGCCCUUAGCAGAACAUGUCUCCCGUCACAAGUGGGGGCAAUCAGCUGUGGACUUGUUUGUUUCCCACCACAACUCCAAAUGUCAGCUCUGUUGCUCUCUAGCAGCAAUGGAUUGCUGUUCUUUUCAAUUUACAUGGCAAUACACUCUCUUCUAUGCCCCCCCAUCCCUCUGUUAAGGAAAGCAAUUCCUAAGUUAAAGUGGACCACUGCACCUGUAUCCUAAUUGCACCUUUCUGGCCAUGGAGAAUCUGGCUCUUCACCCUGUGGCAGAUCUCUAAAGGAGUACACACUCCUACCAGAGGAAGAGGGCCUCAUUCAUACAGACCUUGCCUGCACCACAACAUAAUGGCCCCAUACCUAGCCACAUGCUUUAUACAAUUACUCUUAAAGUGUGGCCGAGGUGUUACUGUACCUGAAAACCAUCUACUAGGAGAUCUUACGCCCAGCCACAAGCACGAGGCAUUGCCUUGCUUCAGUCUGCUGUGCAACAGCAUCUCUUGCUUCAGUUUGGUUCUGUUGGACUUCCUCUGGGAUGAGCUCAGCUUGCAUUUGGGCGUGUGCCUUGGCUAUGGCAGCCUUGCCCCAGUGUGUUUCUGCAGUGGGAGUCAGCUUUGACUUUCCCCCCAUAGGAAACAAUGGAGUGGCUGGAAGCACCUGGUUCAGGGGACCCAUAGGUUUGGACGCCAGGAUCCAAUCUUCCUGAAACUUGGAAGGUUUUUAGAGGAUAGUCAGGAGUAGGUCCCCUGCAAAUUUGGUGGAGUUUGCUUGAAAAAUUCCACCACCGCCCCCGAUAGCCCCGAUAUUUUUAUCCAUAGGAAAGUGACUGCAGGCACCUUCUUUGAGGGCCCAUAAAACUGGGCCCCGGGGUCCAAUCUUCAUAAAACUCAGGGGAUCUUUAGAGGACAGGAGUAGGUUCUUAUCAAACUUGGUGAAGCUUGGUUGAAAAAGCCCCCCCACACACACACCAGAUAGCCCCAAUGGCCAAAUUUUAUCAAUUUGAUAAAAAUUCAGAAUUCCUAUUUUUUUGUAUUCAGAAUACUCAAAUUUUGGUAUUUUAACCCAAAUUCCAAACUGAACUGCAUGUCCCUAAGGCAGUUGUACUAAAGAGCUGCCCCUGAUAUCCACAAUUCAACUGGGAGCUGAAUUGUUUGGUCAGGUGGCUCAGAACCUGGUACAAAACUAGUGACUGUACCUAACUAUCACGAGUUUCCUUACACACACCAAAUUUCUUGACGGUGUCAUUGUUGGAGAAAGGUAGACAUGUUUUUCAGAAUCAUGAAUUAUUUGAAUGUAACAAAGCCACCGCAGAAGCUGGCAUUCCUACCUAUUGGUCACAGGAACAUCUCAGCCUCCUGAGUUCCUGGAAGUUAUUGCUUAUUAGUAACCAUGAUUUGGCAUAGUUGUUAAUGCGUAUUCGAAUAAGGGCCCCCUUCAAGGACAGCUGAGAGUGCUUAUGUAAAAUAGACAUUUAAGGACUGGCUCAGACUGUCGGUGGUUCAGUAGAUAGGAUGCUGUGGGCAUUAUUUAUUGUUCUAGUCAGGGCUUUUUUCUGGGAAAAGAGGUGAUGGAACUCAGUGGGUUGC